UUCACCAAUUUUUUUGCUUCAAUAGCUGUUGAUGCUGGCCGCAUUGCGAUAGCCGCCGGCGCUGCUCUCGGUUUAGGCGGCUUGUGUUACUACGGUCUGUCAAUGUCACCAGCAUCCACUCACGCGGAUGCUAUGUCUGUUUUUGAUCGGGCUUCAAUUUGGGAAGAUUAUGUACGUCAGCGAAUUAAAGCCACAUACGCUUACUUGGCCGGUGGCGCUGCCAUUGCUGCUGGCACCGCAGCGGCAUUAUCCCGUUCACCUGCGUUUUGUCGUCUUAUGGCUGGAUCUGGAUGGAUGGCCCCAAUUGGAAUGUUGGUCGUCAGUAUGGACCUUGAAUCUACAAACAGAAGCGCUAAACACUUGGCUUGGGCCUUGUUUUCGGCCAGUAUUGGUGGUAUGCUGAUGCCGGUGUGUCUACUUGGCGGUCCCCUUCUCACCCGAGCGGCCGUGUACACUGGUGGAAUUGUGGGCGGCCUGUCAAUUGUGGCUGCCUCUGCCCCUUCGGAUCGUUUUCUAAAAUGGGGUGGCCCGUUGGCUAUCGGCUUGGGAGUUGUAGUUGUUUCUUCGUUGGGUAAGUAUUCUAUGAAAUUUGGCGGAAUUGGGAGCGUGUUGAAUGACAAAGUGUCAGUUCUGCAUGCAAUGGGUGGUCCGGAUCUGUGA